UUGUUGCAAAAGCGCGUUAAGGUCAAUUAACAAAUAAGGUUAAUUAUCCAUUAAAUAAUGAACCAAGAAGCUAUUAGGAUGUAUAUUGUCGUAUUUAGGAUAGAGAAUUGAUUUUUCCGUUCCGAGUUGUAUCUUCUGGGCAUUAUGUGAUCCCCUCACCUGUACCGACAGACUGCGGUACGUAAACGGGCACGGGUACGGUACCGAUGGGCACCGUACGUAACGGGCAGAGGCCAAUGUAAAAUAUGCUCUAUUGUCUACAUAUAGGGUCUGUUAUUGCCAAUGUACAACAUAUUAUAUUGCUUGGACGUGCGUAUUGUUAAAGAAUGACACUAACUUUGUCAUUAGAAAGCUCCUUAUUUUAAGAAAUUAAACAUCAAUUUUAAUAGGGAUGUUAAGGCCUUGCAAGCAGAAAAGAGUGCAGUGGCUAUGAAGGAUAUUAAAUGGUACUCGCACAACUCAACAGUUGGAUUUUUGGUAGCAGGAAUUUGGAAUAACCGAUAUUACCCAAUGACAUCUCUUAUCAUCACAGGAAAUAGAUCUGCAGCUCAUGAUUUACUUGUAACAGGUGAUGCUGAUGGGUAUCUAAGGCUAUUCAGGUAUCCGUGUUUGAGUCCUAAGGCUGAGUACAAUGAAGAAAAAGUGUAUAGUUUACAAAUUGCAGCCGCAAGAUUCCUCUUCAAUGAUAAAAAUGUGGUUACUGUGGGAGGCACUGAUGCUUCACUUAUGUUGUGGGAUGUGGUUGAUGAUUAACAAAUCAUUUACUGGUAGUUUAAGUUUGCUUCAGAUGUGGCUCUGGAAGACAAAGUGCCUGCUUGUUGUUUGCAAAUGGGAAAAAUCAGACAUAACAACAGUGUUAAAAAUGUUCCAGUGCAAUACUUACUCUUCAUGUAUGGUGAAGAGAUUUGUGAUCACAGAAACCCUAGUAGUGAAAAAACAUACGGGAAUUUCUCAAUUUGCAAAGCAACAGAAAAUGGAUGUUGUGAAAAGUGUGAAUGUGGACAUCUCUUGUGAUAGACUUUUCUAUGAAAUUUAGUAUAUUUUAUCAUAAACUGUUCAUAUUUCAUAUCAAUCUUUUUUCCAUGUGAACUACGAGACUCAUGUUUGAUAAUCACAGCAAAUAAUUUAAUUUAGGACUAGUUAUUUCCCCGAAAUUAUUCAAAAACCCAUCAGGGGAGAAAUAAAAAAUUCUCAGUGGUAUUUAUGAAAUUUAAAAGCAGAAAAUGUAAGCAAUAUUUCACAAAUUCUGAAGUUAAGUUUUCUGAACAGAAAUUAAAGAAAAGUGCAUAAAGCUCUACCCAAUCAUUCAAAUCUUGAAAACUGGACAAAAUGUUCCAAAAUAUUAAAUUACUUCUUCCUUAUUUUGCUUAAUAAUAGCCUUAGACUAGUCAUUUAGUUAUGUCUGAUAAACAAGUAGCUGAUGUGAAAGUUUAUAUUUAUAAUAAAAUUAAAAACCCACAGGAAAAUAAUAAAAAUAUUUUAAAACUGCCAAGGAUGUGUAUAAAGAAUUUUAUGAUAUUUGAGUGAUAUUUUAGUACACAACUCUUAAGUGUAAAUAUUACUUCAAAAUUUUUGAAUGUUCUCACAGUUACUAUACUAUGAGAUGUACUGUCAAGCUGGUGCAGUUUGAUUUGCAAAUUCUUAAUUACAAAGAAUCUACUUAAUUUUUUCAAGUAAGUACUGAGGUUUUUUCAUGUUCUUUGAUUGUACUUCUUGCUUAAGUGCAAAGAGUACGAGAAUUGUAUUUACACAAAGGCAAAGAAUUAUAGUAAAAACAUCUAAAAAUUUGCAUUUUUGUUUGGACACAAUUUAGCUCUAAGAAAAUUUUGUAAAAUAAUUUUGAAACUUAAAACACAUUUUAAAAUGUUUCUUGGUAUAUAAAUGUAUGCUUUGCAUAGAUGUAACACCUUUUUAAAUUUGUAACAUUGUAUAUUAUAGAAUGAGCAAGAAACAAAAUUUUCCACUCAGGCACAAAUAAGAAUUAACUGUAAUUCAAAAUGUUCUCUACCAUUCCAUGUGUACAAACUUCCAAGCAUCAAAAUAUUUCUGUUCUUGUAAUUUAUGCAUAGUAGUGAACAGUUAAAAUUAGAUAUGUAUUAUUAAUGUAUGUGAAUUAAACCAUUAAAAAUGA